AUGCAACCAUGGGGGAACUUUGAGACUGAAGCUCACCCAUGCUUUGACGAAUCACCUUGGUCGAUGAUUGAACCAGGAUCUGGUAAAAAAAACUGUCUUAAUUUUCAAUUUGACAUUAAAAUUCUUUUAACGAAAUUUUUUUCGGGAAAUAUCUGUUGGUCAUUUGUUCAUAGGCAGAGUGACAUAGCUGCCUACAAGAGCGUCUGUGUGGUACAACCCUUCAUUCCCUUGUUGGAGAGGCCUUGGUCUACGUGUUUCAUUGAGAAGGAUAAUCAGUUUGGUCUGACGAGUGCAAGCGAAGGAUGUGCUGUUGGAGAUGUCAUCGAGCAGGAAGUUGAGGUCAUCAUGGAUUGUGUGUCUUGCUUUUGUGCCUACGGCUCUUUCAUAUGCAAGAACAUAACUGGAUCUUAUUAUGACAUUGAAGAGCCAUGCUUUGUGAAGUCAUGUGACGAUGGAGUUGUGAUGAAAAAACCAAUUAACGAACCAUGCCAAUGUUCUCCUGGUAACAUAUCCUUCCUAUUGUCCAAUUGCACGUGUGUGUGUUUGCCUGCUGUCACAACAUUAGGCACAAAAUCAGCAGUUGGAGAUGAGGGGACUUCAUCCGAGCCAACCUCCACGAAAGAUUCCGACAUAGACUCGUAUCCAGCCGGCACAUGUUCACCGGUCAGUGUCAAUCUAACGCUGACCACUGAAGAAUUAACGGCGCUGGCGUGUCCGAGAGAUGGAAAUGUAACACUUCCCGUGAGAGUGUGUCAGGGAGCGUGUGAUAGUGCUUCUUUCUCUUUUCAUCUACAGAAGACUGAAGAGUCAAAAAGAAUUUUCAUAGCUCAUGAAUCCAACAACUUUUGCUAUUGCUGUCAUGGAUCUGAUAACGUGGAGGAAGUCAUCCACGAAGUUGAGUGUGGAGGCAAAGAAGUUGAAAUAGCCAUCACCCAAUAUUCAUCCUGCACCUGUCAGGUCAUAGAAUGUGAUCAGAAAUGA